UGAUAUUCGUCACGACUUCCAUCACAUUCUGGUUAAGGAGGAAGAUCGACCGAAAUUUUCGAAAACGGCCUUUGUAUUGUUUGAAGGCAUGUGGCAGUGGGUCCGGUGUCCGAUGGGUAUUUGCAAAGCGCCUGCCCCGUUUCAGCGGGCGAUGAACGUGACAUUUCAUAACUUCGUCAACAAGACGCGGCUCACUCAGGGGAUGAUCAACUUUUGCAUCAUCAUGUACAUGGACGAUAUCCUCGUCUACUCGGAGACCUAUCAUGAGCAUGCACAAUACAUCGAGUGGACGCUGGGAGCUCUGAGAGACGCAGAGUUCAAGAUGACACUCGAAAAGAGCAAGUUUUUCCUCUCGGAAAUCUUGUUCUUAGGGUACGUGGUGACACGCGGAGGACUGCGACCAGAUUCGAAAAAAGUCGCAGUGGUGAAAGAUGCUCCUGACCCCACGUCAGUGACGCAGAUCAUUCAGGAACUCACGAUUCCCCUCGCACAGCUGGUUGACGAUCUCCCUCUUGACAUCAUCUCGCAGAGCGACGAGAGCCCGGUCCCGGACGUCUUUUCACAGGCUUUGACACCCUACCUGCAGUGGUCGGCUUGCCUCGAGAAGUUGGAGGGCAACAACAACCCGCCAUCGCAACAACCAUACUUGGAUCCCCGGGGGAUAAUCGACCUCGCCUUCUUUCAGCCUCGAACUGCCUCCGAAGACGAAGAGAUAGCGCUAGAAGAAGAGGAGGAAGAGGGCGAGGAGGAAGGCGAAGAAGAAGAAGAAACCCCGGAAGAGGGAAGUUACAGCGAGCACACUGAGGGAGAGCAAAGCGACGACGACGAAGAAGAAGAAGGCGACGAAGAAGACGACGAAGCGGAAGAAGAGGAAUCUGAGUGGGAAACCCUGGGAGAAGAGGCAGAUCGCAUGGAAGGCAUGGAGGAGGAUCCCGAGACGGUGUCAGGCGGCCACAAGUAGUGUGCCGCCUGAAAGUGGCAGUCUUGGAACUUAGGCACAAGGACAGGUCCGUGCAAUGACGGUAUUCUGG